AUGGGUAAUGUGGCGCUGAAUCAGCAGACGAGCCAGUCAUCUGACUAUCGUCCGAAAUACCUAUCUAAAUUAGCCGUGGAUGGUAAAGCGGGUCAUGCUCUGGAGAACACACCUUGUACUCACACAAAGAGUGAUUUACAAAGCUGGUGGUCGGUAACACUGAACAGGACGUACAAUAUUUACAGAUUCCAGAUUUACAACAGAGUCGGAAAUUGUAAUAACAGACCCGAUACAUGUGGCCACCGACUGAACGGCUUUACAUUGAGUGUGGGCACGAACAGUCAGAGCUACGAUACAUGUUAUACAGACACGACAACCACUGAUGAAGGUCCUGGGAAGGUCAUCAAUGGUAGAUGUAACGACAGUAAGCCGAGAACAGGAAACACAGUCCGGAUAAGCUUACCGUCGAAUUCAUCAACACCGUUGACACUUUGUGAAGUACGACUGUUUGUUUGUUCCGAGGGCUGGUAUGGAGAGAUGUGUGACAAGGAAUGUGUGACAGACACGUGCUGCUAUCAAUGUGAUGACCAUGGAUUUCGGUGUGAAAAGUGUGUGAAUGGCCGAUGGGGUACAGACUGUGGUGAGGAAUGUGGACAUUGCUGGAAUAAUACCGCCUGUGACAAGGACAAUAGUGAAUGUCCGAAUUUAUCACACAGGUGUGAGAGUGGGUUUCACGGUUACAAUUGUACAACAACUUGCCCCGGUGGUACAUUCGGUGACCAGUGUCGGGAGGAGUGUGGACAAUGUAAGGACGGGAACCAUACGUGUGAUCACGUGAACGGCACGUGUACCAGCUGUGCUGACGGGUGGCUGGGAGACCUCUGUAAAGAAGCUUGCCCCGGUGGUACAUUCGGUGACCAGUGUCGGGAGGAGUGUGGACAAUGUAAGGACGGGAACCAUACGUGUGAUCACGUGAACGGCACGUGUACCAGCUGUGCUGACGGGUGGCUGGGAGACCUCUGUAAAGAAGCUUGCCCCGGUGGUACAUUCGGUGACCAGUGUCGGGAGGAGUGUGGACAAUGUAAGGACGGGAACCAUACGUGUGAUCACGUGAACGGCACGUGUACCAGCUGUGCUGACGGGUGGCUGGGAGACCUCUGUAAAGAAGUCUGCAGCUCGUACAGAUGGGGCCCUAACUGUAACAAGACCUGCGGUGAGUGUCAUGGCGGAGCUGUCUGUGACAAGGUCAGUGGAGUCUGUCCCAAGCGAAAUCCUCGCUGUGCCACGGGAUAUACAGGAUCUCGUUGUACACCGUGUGACCCUGGAAGAUGGGGAGAUAACUGUGUAAACACCUGUAGUGACAAGUGUAUCAGUCCUGCUUGUAACGUUACGACUGGUGUCUGUGAGGCAGGAUGUCAUCCGGGUUACACUGGGGAACACUGUGACACAGAUGCUCCUUUGACGAGUUCGUCAGCCGUCGGUGUAUCUGUCGGAGUCUCAGUUCUGGUUCUGAUACUGAUCGUGAUUGUUGUUGUUGUCCUCAUCAUACGCAGACGGCGCAGUGGACGGUUCCGAAACUCAAACACGGCACUUCAACCGAGUCGCCUAAUGUUUGGACCUCAGCACGAUGACCCAGUACCAACAGACAACAUAGGAAACGAUGGAGAGGAUGAAGAUGCUGCUGCUGAUGUCGCCGCAGCAGGCUUUGCAAACCCAGGCGCAUUUCAGGAGAGCACUCGUGUUCUGGUGGAGGAAUUCCGACGGUACAUGCUCAGGAAGAAAGCUUCCGUGGGAUUCAAGACGGAGUUUGAGACACUUCCCGUGGGACUACACGCUAAGCAUGACGAGGCUGACAAACCUGAGAACAAGCUCAAAAGCCGAUAUCGGAAUCUGGUGGCUUACGACCACUCGCGGGUUCAUCUGAAGAAGUUUGGCGAACGGGAUACAGAUUACAUCAACGCCUGUUAUAUCAAUGGCUACAACGAACCUAAAAAGUACAUCGCGUCUCAGGGUCCCACUGAUGUGAUCAUAAAUGAGUUCAUGCGCAUGAUCUGGGAACAAAACACCGGCAAAGUUGUCAUGGUGACCAAUUUGGUGGAGAAGACAAAGACUAAGUGCUACCAGUACUGGCCGGAUGAAGGAUCCAAGCGUUUCGGCUCUAUCAGAGUCUCUCUGCUGGACGAAGAGAGCUUCGCCAACUACGUAAUCAGGACUCUGCAGCUCACACACUUGAAGGUGCAGAACAAGACCCGGAUCGUCAAACAGUUCCAUUUCACAACAUGGCCUGAUCACGGGGCGCCUUCUAACGUCCUUGGUUUACUGGAAUUCCUGGGAACAGUCCUGGGGUACCAAUCAUCUCUGAAUGGCCCUGUGGUGGUGCACUGCAGCGCUGGAAUAGGCCGUACAGGAACGUUCAUAGCUCUGGACUACCUGAUAAACCAGGCUAAAGAGGAAGGUGUGGUGGAUGUGCCGGCCUGUGUCAGGCUGCUCAGGGAACAGCGAGUCAACAUGGUCCAGAGUUUGGAGCAGUAUAAAUUUCUGCACGAGGCCCUGGCAGAAGCCCUGGAGCUUCAGGAAGGGUCAAUCCCAGGUGUGAAUUUCUCCAGCGUGUUUGCUGAUCUCUGUACUGUUAACCCAGAGACUGGACAACUGGAGAUAGCAGAACAGUUCCAGCGGCUGAAUGAGAAAACCUCUCCUCUGGACAAGGCUACUCUGGUGACAGCUUUACGCCCUGACAACCUGCACAAGAAUAGGUCUGACAAAAUUGUCGCUGCGGACACAUGUAGGCCUUACUUGUCAACACCAGUGGCCGGCAAAAGCAACUACAUAAAUGCCGUCUUCCUUCCCAGUUACAAGAUGAAGAGAGGUUUCAUCAUCACACAGACGCCAUUGCCGGAGACUCUGGUGGACUUCUGGCGUCUGGUUUAUGAUCACGGAAUCGCCACCAUCGUUAUGCUGGACGAUGUGGACAAUGAAUCUGAGGACGUCGGUAUAUACUGGACAGAGAAAAGGAAAACUUUCGGACCUUUUGAUGUAAAGUGCAUGCAGAAGGAAGAGGAAAGAGGUUUCACAGUAUGGACGUACAACCUGACCUACAAAGAUAUGAAAGUGCCGCGUCCAGUUAAGCAGUUCCGCUGUGGGCUCUGGUCGAGCACGCAUUCUCGUGCUUCAAUUCCUUCCCUGCUGGCGGUCAUAGAUGGCGUGACACGCCAGCAAGAGGAGACCGGAAACCAGCCUAUUGUGGUUCACUGCAGGGACGGACUAACAAACAGUGGACUAUUCUGCGCGGCCUCAUUUGUACUGGAGCGACUGAAACUUGACCGAGACGUGAACAUUCCUCAAGCCGUCAAACAAAUGCGGGUGGCCAGGCCUCAGAUUAUCACUGAUUUGGAUCAGUUCCAGUUUCUCCACGAGGUGGCACUGGAAUAUCUGGAAACUAUGCACACCUAUGCCAACUAUAAGUAACUUCUGCGGAAGUUAGGUGCGUCAUCUUUACCAUGAGGGCAAGAACAAGUUAUUGCUUUCAAAGUGUUACGACUUUUUCUGUAUUUUUUUGUGGCGUUUAAAUCAUGAGUGUUAUGAAUUCUUCCAUUUUGCAUGAUAAUACAGUAUCAGGUGUAAUAUGUAAUAUAAAAUACAUGUUUUAUUGUUAUAAUGCUUGAAUGUGAUGGCUUGCACAUCAAGCAUCUCAUUUUUUCUAUUACUUCGCACUUGUUUUUAGCUUCUAUUAGAUUGUAAUCAAAUAUAUAAUCCCCAAAAAUGUAAAUAUGUGUAGAUGACUGUGAGUGGCACAAUUCUUAUAUUACUUCGGACAGCUUAUACCUUGUGUCAUAUAUUUCCGAUCAAGGUGCUAUGUAAUACCCUGCUAUUAUUUUAAGCUUAUAGGAUUAUAUACACUUCACGUCUGAUAUUAACUGAUAUUAACCCCUAUAUGUGAUUGUGUAUGGUGGGAAGUAUACGUGUACAUUCUAAGCUUUGUGACUGUUAAAACCACCUUUUUAUUUCGACUGUUACAUGUAACGCACAUGUAGGCAAUUACUGAAUCUGAAAUUAUUUUGAAUUGAAACUUGAUGUAUAUCUUGACCAUAAGAAGUAACAGAUGUAUGACUUCACUCUCAUAACUUACAGGUCAUAUUCGGUUUUGGGGCUGUUUUCUGGCCGUUUAAAUCUUCUUUUCCAACUUGACCGGUUUUCCAGAUUUUCUUUUUAAAAUAGUUGUGUCGAGUUGAAACUUGAUGGAUAGUUUCACUAUGGCAAAUUACAGAUUAGGUUUGAGUGUCGAGUUGUUUCGUCCAUUUUGCCCCAAAUUGUGGACAUUUUCGUUGUGUUGUGUCGACUUGACAAAGCCAUUAUGCUGAUGGCUUAAACCGACAGAGAACAUGUAUUGCUUUCGCAAUACUUCCAGGAUGUUUGUUUGGUGUAUGCCUUGACCAUAACAAGUUACAGAUGCUUGAUUUGACUUUCGUAACUUACAGGUCAUAUCCGGUUUUUGGACUGUUUUCUGGCCGUUUAAAUCUUCUUUUCGGGCUUUUUUUUUAUUUGUUUUGUUUUUUUUUGUUUUUCAAAAGUUGAAACUUGAUAGACAGCUUUACCAUGACAAAUUACAGAUUAGGUUUGAGGGUUGAAUUGUUUCGUCCAUUUUCUCCCAAACUGUGGAAAUGUUUGUUGUAUUGUGUCGAUUAGACAAAGCCAUUAUUAAGAUGGCUCAAAACGGUAAGGGACAUAUAUUAAUUCUUCCGCAAUGCUAGUUUUGUAUACAGCUAGGUCAGAUGUCCCAAAAGCCAUUUAGUUUUUUUGAGUGUGAGUUAUACAUGCGAUAAAGAGAAAAUUCCUACGGCCUCUUUUGCAUAUUCUACAAUAUUAGAGAAUUCUGUAAUAGCCCAGUUUGAGUUUAUAUAUAUAUAUUUCGAGCCCAUGUAAUCUCCAGCCCAUGUAACAUAACAGAGUCGCAUAAAUUGCGUGGAACGUUCUGAAUGGUGUGUGACUUUCAAUGUUUACAAUGCUUUAACACAGAACGUGUGUUUGUCUGUCAGCAAAGAUAUCCUGAUCUCUCUCGAAACAGCUGUAUGUCGGCUAUCAACACUUUCAAUCAUUCUCAAAUUAUUUUAUAUGUAUACCGAAUUCUUAUUUGAUUUUGCAACAGUAAAUUCAUAUUUGAUUUUGCUAAAAACAUCUUCGCUCAAAUAUCCAUUGUUUUAUAUGAGUAAACAGAAGAUGGCUCUACUAAAUUCUCAUUGAGUUUUGCUCAAACCAUCAUCGUGGAAACGAACGUCUUCACCCAAAUAUCCAUUGUUCUUUAUGAGCACAAUGUUUUUGAUCAAGUUGAUCUUCAACUAUUUAACACUGGCCAAGAAGGUUAAAGUUGAGACCAAAACAUGCUAAUUUCAUAGAUACCU